AUUUUUAUUUUUUAUAAUAGUAUCAUAGAGAAAGGUCAUACAUACACUUUGGCAGAAAAUUUAACUUAUUAUAAAGUCGAUUUUAAGGCACUCGAUAAAAAUGUAACGGCGUGUUUACGAUUUCCAACCCUACAAAUCGGAGUUAUUUCGAAUACCUGAACGCACCAUCAGUAUCGAUCAUUGCACUUCCAAUCAAGCAUCUCCACACGACACAGGGCUCACAGGCGACAGUUACAUUGUUUGAAUGUGUAUGAAAGAGUGAACAGCAGCAGACAUCAUGACCAUAAGAAACACUCUUCGUGAUCAUGGACAAAGGUAUCGCCCACGGAUGGCUUGUCUCAAGAAGGCAGAGAAGGUGGUGCUGGAGAUGCAGGACCCCAAAACAGGAGUGAAGUCACAGCCUCAGAGACUGGUUAUCACAACGAUACCACACGCUAUUACUGGUGAAGACAUAAUCGCAUGGUUAGCGGACAGAUUUCAAAUAGAUGCACAAGAGGCAAAGAAUUUGGGCACCAUGCUUGUGGCGUUAGGAUACAUCUACCCCAUUCAAGACCAUAAACGCUUAGUGAUCAAACCAGAUGCAUCUCUUUAUCGCUUCCAGACACCGUAUUUCUGGCCGGCACAGCAGUGGCCUGUCGAGGAUACAGAUUACGCGAUAUAUCUGGCAAAAAGAAACAUACGUAAGAAAGGCCUCCUGGAGCUGCACGAACAGGAGCAGUAUAACCGUCUUCACAAGUGGAUGAAUCACAAAUGGGAUUUCAUAGUGAUGCAGGCAAAAGAACAGUACAGAGCUGCAAAGGAGAGGAAGAAACCAGACCGUGUUGUGUUUGAGUGCCAGGAGAGAGCGUACUGGGUGGUUCACAGACCUCCGCCAGGGACAGUGAGCGGGAUGGACUACGGACUUGAUCGCAGAAUAGAUCCUAACGGGGAUGAGGUAAAAACUCCGGACUAUUACGAGAGAAUUAUGAUCUUCACGCAGCAGUCCAUCAUGAGGCCCAGAGUCAAGUCCUCCGUGUCCAUUGGCGCGUUGGUGAAGUACUGUGCCACCUACAAGAGCCACGACCCUUUCCUCUCCAGGAGUUUCCCCAGCAACCCCUGGCUCACCGAUGAUGCCACAUACUGGACCUUGAACAUGCCCAAUGUGGAAAUGCCGACUAAAAUGCGCGUGGAGAGGUGGACGUUCAGCUUCGGAGAGCUGCUGUCAGACCCCCGAGGACGAAAUGAUUUCAGACUCUUCUUGAAAAAGGAAUUCAGCGGAGAGAACUUGGCUUUCUGGGAGGGCUGUGAAGACCUGAAGUGGGGCGCAGCUGCGACGAUGAGAGAGAAGGCGGAGCAGAUCUACAAGACAUUCCUGGCUCGUGGCGCUCCUCGCUGGAUAAACAUCGAUGGAAAGACGAUGGAAGUCACGGUGAAAGGCCUGAAACACCCGCACAGAUACGUGCUGGACCCGGCCCAAACUCACAUCUACAUGCUGAUGAAGAAGGACUCAUACGGCCGGUACUUGAAAUCUCCUGUGUUCAAGGACACUCUGAAGAAGGCAAUAUGUCCUGAAGAACACAAGUUUAGUGACGCCCAGCUGGAGCAGAAUGCGAGGACCAGACGGCCCAGUCUCAGCCCCAUCGUGCUCCGCCAGCAGGAGCAGGAGCUGAAGGCCAAGAUGGCCGCCAGUGUCGACAUCACACAGAUCUGUCGCUUCACCACUCCCGUCCCUCACCUUGCCGUCUACUCCGGCAUCUCUGACUUCCCCUCCUGCAACGCCUCACCCUCCCUACCUUUCAUGGCCAACACCCCGGUUUGUCCGUCCCCCAUCAGCCUGGCCUUGGACAGCACGUCUGCGUCCGAGCGCCGUGCGGAGCCCAGUGAAGGCGACAGUGACGGGAACUCUGGGACUCGAGCCACGGUGGUCGGACACGUGUCCAAGUCCCGCAUGGCGUUGUCCCUGCGACGUCUGCUGAAGCGAGGCUGCACGCCCUCUAACAUGUUCGCCAGCCUGUCGCCAAAAUGCCACUCGGCUGCCGGGACGAGUAGCCGGAUUCAGCCAAUCAGCCCGGAUCAGCCGAGUCAGGCUCCGCCCAGACGGAUUGGCAAUUUCUUCCAGAUCAAAGUGGACAUUCCUCCAGAGUGUCGGAUAUACCCCAUAGAGUCUGAGGACGAGGAAGAGGAGAACAGAGCUGCCUCUCGGGGAGGAGGGGUGGGAGCCAAAGAGAUCAUCUGCCCCUGGGAGAGCCUCACCCCGCAGAACGGGACAGGCUAACAAGCUAACAAGGCUAACAGGCUUACAUAGUACGUUUGCACAGGUGUAAAAAAAAAAAAAAAAGAAGAAGAAGAAGGUGUUUAUAUAUCUGUGUAAGUGUGAGCUGGCAGAUUGGUCGCAUGUUCUCAAUGGGAUAAAAAAAAAAAAGAUUCCUGAUACAGAGCAUGUAAGGGAUUAAAUGUGAAAACGUGGCCAUGUUGUCACAAACAGGUCUAAAACAUAAACAUGAAACAGAGACACAAAUCAGCCUGGAAGUCUUAGAGAUGGCAGCAGGCUGAGCAUCAACUUCACUUUAACUUCUUCAUGUUAUUUAGCAUCAGACUGGAGGGCCUGAAGGUUUUAACAUGCAGCAGUGAAAACACUACUGUACUUCAACAAUCACAGUUUCCCUGAAAAAAAGAGCUAAAACGCAGCGUUUGAACUGCUAUCACUACACGGGGCUGUAACCAAGAGUUUACAAAUGUGCCAGUUUAAAAAUACUGAGGUCCUUAUCUUACACUGCAGCCCCUCUGUGCCAAAAAAGUGUUUGACAAGUCAACAGAACAAACAGUUAAAGUGACUAAUCAGCACUUUUUAUUGCAUUUUAUUACUUCUAAAUUUACAAAUCAAGAAUAUUUUCCCUCAAUGAAACCCGCCUUCACUCAGCCAUGAAUUGAAUCUUGGCAAAGGUAUCCCAUGAUGAGUGUUUUAUAUGUAAUUUUAUAAUAAAGACUCCCUCUCAGGUGGUUCAAACUACAAAUACUAAAACAAAUUCUAAUUAAUUGAAGCUAAAAAUCACUGAAGACAUGACCUCUGCUGACACACAGACGUUGUUUUCAAAUAUGUUUUCACGUAUUUGAUGUAAGGAACUGAAACAAGUGUUAGUUAGUGUUUUCGGGUCGGCCUUAUAAACAGCCUUACUGACACAUACCCCUGUACUGAUGUGAGCACCAGCUGAGCCAGAUGUUUACUCUGGAUGUUUCUUCAGACGGGCCUCAGCUCCACUACAGGACAUCAGGGGUGUUCGAAUGUCCAAACGCUUUGAAACUUGAGCGGUAGCUUUUUCUACAUUCAAACCUCAUUAUGUGAAAUCAGUAGCCCAGCAGCAGCCUUAUCCACCCUCACACACCUGAAAUAAUGUUUUUGUGGCCUCAGACGUUUCUAAUAAGCAGACAUGUGCACAGACAUUAGUUUUUGUUGUUGCUAACAUCACAAAAAUUUAAAGGGAUAAAAAUGUGAGAAUUAAGUGUUUUUGAGAUUGACAGGUGGCAUAAGGAAAGUUGAUCGAGUUAUUAUUAGAGAUGUGUGCGAUAAGCUGGUUAGACAAAAUGAAUUCGCCCCCCUCGCCAGUCGGCACAGGGGCUCCCAUAAUACUACUGCGAUUAAUGCUCUACCACCCGGAUGUAAACAAGCACAGUGACUGGAUAGCAUUUCAUAGGAGCAAAGCGGAUCGGCAGUAUUUUGAUCAGUUUUCGGUUAAACUGGGAAACAACCACUUGAUCGAAGCAACGCGUUAGCCACAUUUUUCAAAGUCAAAGUCGUCUUUUUUGUCAAUUUUGCCAUACGCACCUGACAUACAGAAAAAAACGAAAAAUAGUUCUCUGAAUAGAACCAUGGUGCAAACUGCAAUAGUAUAAAAAGAUAUUAAAAAAAAGCAAAUACAUAAACAAAUACAAAGAUAAUGUGAAAAAACAUGUGCAUUUAAAACAACAGUAACAACAACAACAGAAGUGCAUGGACUUGAACUUAACAUAAAUAUAUAUACAGUAUAUAAGGCCCUAACUUCGUCUACAAAAUGGGGCUCUUGUGUAUUAUUUUAUGUCUUUUAAAGGGGACAGUGACAUUUAACCUGCAAGGAGGCUCGAAGGUUGGCGGCGCUAACACUGCUAACAUGCCACAUGCUGCGAUCCUGUGUUCAGUCACAAUUGUGUUUUCCUAACUUUUUGACUACUCGACAAGUCUGAAUUUAAACAUGUGUUUGUCUAAUUUGAAUUUAGCCGCUGGGAACAUCCCUAGUUAUAGUGAAAAAUCUGUGUUUACAUCCUCUUUUUAAAGACAAGCCAAAGCACAGAGACAUAUUUAGACUCUGCCUGUGCACAUGCCUGCUAA